AAUCAUAAGAAGAAAGUAGUUCCGGUAGAAAAAAAUGAAAAUCAAUAUAGCCAAACAACCUUCAAUUUGCCUAACGAAAUUGAAGGCAAUGGAUAACUGGUCGAGCUUCGGGAAUUUGUUAAUUAUGGUGUUGGUGUUACUGUCUUUCCACUAUGCUCAUCGCAAUUCUGGUCUUGUCUUUGAUGUCCUCAUCUUCCUCCUCUGCUCCCUCGGCCUCGUCUUUCGCCAAAUGAAUAUCUCAGUCCCCGAUAAAGCCUCAUCCUCGCCUUCGUCCUCAUCGUCCUCCUCCGCCUCAUCCUCCUCAUCCUCCUCCGCCUCCUCCACGUCCUCACCCUCAAUCUCAUCCUCAUUGUCCUCCUCCGCCUCCCCGUCCUUGUCCUCCUUCUCAAAAGGCUCGCUCUACGAAGUGUUCAUAAGCUUCAGAGGCGAAGACACACGUAAAAACUUCACGGGCCACCUCCACGAAGCAUUGACAAAGGCCGGAAUCAACGCCUUUAUUGACGACGAACUAAGAAGAGGAGAAGAUCUAACUACCGAACUUGUGCGGGCAAUCCAGGGUUCUAGGAUCUCUAUCAUCGUCUUCUCAAGACGGUACUCCGACUCCAGCUGGUGUCUCGAGGAGCUGGUUAAGAUCAUGGAGUGUAGAAUAACGCUAGGGCAAUUAGUUUUGCCGAUAUUCUAUGAUGUUGAUCCUUCGCAUGUCAGGAAACAGACUGGUUGUUUUGCACAAUCGUUUCUGAAACAUACAGAUAAAAAAAAGGUGGGGAGGUGGAGAGCUGCUCUUACUGAAGCUUCGAAUUUGUCUGGCUGGGAUCUCAGAAAAACUUUGGACGGGCAUGAAGCAAAGUUUAUCAGGAUGAUUACCAAUGACGUCACUACGAAGUUGAACAACAAAUACUUUGACGUAGCGCCCUAUCAAAUUGGAAUAGAUACUCGAGUGCUAGAUAUUAGUAAUUAUUUAGGCAUCGGAGAUUCAUAUGAUGUUCGUGUGAUUGGAAUUUUGGGCAUGGGUGGAAUAGGUAAAACAACGAUUGCUAAAGCCAUUUAUAACAGAUUUUAUGAAAGGUUUGAAGGUAAAAGUUUCCUUGAAAAAGUGAGGGAAAAGAAACUAGAAAAAUUGCAAAAACAACUUCUUUUCGAUAUCUUGCAAACCAAGACAAAGGUAAACAGUGUUGCUGCAGGUACCGCCUUGGUAAGGGAAAGAUUUCGAGGCUUAAAGGUACUUGUCAUAGUUGAUGAUGUAGAUGAUGUGAAGCAGCUACGCGAAUUAGCUGGAAAUUGCCACUCUUUUGGCCUGGGGAGUAGAAUCAUCAUCACAACUAGAAACGAACGUGUGCUAAAAGAAUUUGCAGUUGAUAAGAUAUAUCGGGUGAAAGUAAUGGACCAAGAAGAAGCUCUUGAGCUCCUAAGUUGGCAUGCUUUCAGAAGUAGUAGUUGUCCUAGCCAAUAUCUUGUGCUUGAAAAAGAAGUUGUCAAUUACUGUGGAGGAUUGCCGCUGGCUCUUGAAGUUUUAGGAUCUACUCUUUUCAAACAAAGUGUAGAUGAAUGGAAAAGUAUAUUGGAUGAAUUGAAAAUGAUUCCUCGUGGAGAAAUUCAAGCACAACUGAAAAUAAGCUACGACGGGCUAAAUGAUAAUUACAGGAGGCGGAUAUUCCUCGAUAUAGCUUGUUUUUUUAUCGGAAUGGACAAGAAUGAUGUCGUGCAAAUCUUGGAUGGUUGUGGCUUUUAUGCAACAACAGGAAUCAAGGUCCUCCUUGACCGGUGCCUUGUAACUAUUAAUAGAGAAAACAAGAUUAUGAUGCAUGAUUUGCUUCAGGAUAUAGGCAGAGAUAUCGUGCAUGCAGAAAAUCCCGAUUUCCCUGGAGAACGGAGUAGAUUGUGGCAUCCUGAAGAUGUAAAUGAUGUACUGAUAGACAAAUCUGGAACUGAAAAAAUUGAGGGUCUGACUUUGAAUUUGCCGAGUCUUAAAGAGACUAGUUUCAGUACUGAGGCGUUUAGAAAUAUGAAGAGACUGAGAUUGCUCCAACUAAACUACGUUCGGCUCGCUGAGGGAUACCAAUGUCUUUCCAAAAAAUUAAGAUGGUUGUGCUGGCAUGGAUUCCCAUUGGAGUUCAUACCAAUAGAACUGUGUCAACCAAACAUAGUCGCUAUCGACAUGCAGUACAGCAGCCUCAGACAAGUUCUUUGUGAGUAUUCUGGGUUGCUUGAUAAGUUAAAGAUUCUGAAUCUCAGCCACUCCCACGAUCUAACACAAUCGCCAGACUUUUCGAAAUUCCCAAAUCUUGAGAAAUUGAUACUCAAAGAUUGUAAGAGGUUGGCUAAAGUUCACAAGUCCAUCGGAGAUCUCAAGAGUCUUGUGUUGGUGAAUUUGAAAGACUGUGAAACGCUUAAGGCUCUUCCGAGGAGUUUCUACAAGUUGAAAUCUGUCAAAACUCUUGUUCUCGAUGGUUGUUCAAGAUUCCAAAGCUUGUCUGAGCACUUGGGAGAAAUGGCAUCAUUGGUCACUCUUUAUGCAGAUGGAACAGCCAUAAAAAAAAUACCACCUUCCAUCAUACGACUAGAGAAGCUCGAGCGCUUAUCUUUGAGUAAAUUGAAGUGUUCUUUGCAGCUACCUUCAUUACGAGGUUUACACUCUUUGACAAGCUUAAUUUUGGAGGACAACAAUAUAGAGGAAGUGCAUAAUGAUAUUGGGAGUAGUCUACCUUGUUUAGUGGAGUUACGUCUAGAUGACAAUAAUUUUGGGAGCCUUCCAAACCUCAGUGGCCUCUCCAAGCUUUUUAUACUAUCCUUGAAUGGUUGCAGAAACCUUGUCGAGAUUACAGAUUUACCAAAAAGUUUGGGUUUCCUGCACAUGGACCACUGCUCUGCAUUAGAAAAAAUGCCAGAUUUUUCAGGCAUGUCGACAAUGGUGGUUCUCUUUUCCUCGAAAUUCAUUGAGUUUCCAGGUUUGGAUAGAGCGUUAAACUUGGGACUCUCACUUUGUAUGAUAACACACAACAAUGUCACAGAUUUCCUUCUUAAGGAUAGCACGCUACAGGUACUCUCUCUCUUCCACACCACCCCCCUCCCCUCCCUCCCUUGCAAAUAUGUGUGUUAUGUUUGUAUUACUCACACAAAUCUUGUUCAACAUGGUAUAGGGAUGGACAGGAGGUCGAAUCUUGAGUCUUGUAGGAAGACAAAUUCCCACUUGGUUCAAUCAUGUCAACGAGGGUUCCCAAGUCUCUUUUGAAGUGCCUAAGGAAAUUGGUUGUAAUGCAAAAACGUUGGCUGUGUGCCUGGCUUCUAUUCCUCAUGAUUACGUCAGCUCA